GUUUGACAGGAGGCUGUCCUUGGUAGCAGAGCUAGCUACUGAGAGCUAAACAACAAAAACAACUCCGCUCCAAUAAACCUGCUGCACGGAUGUGAAGUGAUCGGUGAGAUUUAAGUCCGGCUCCUGUUAACGCUGUAAACCAGUGUGUGAGCACGGGGAAUGAUAACCAGUGUUAGACCCCCAGGAACCAGCUAGCAUGAACCACAGCGUCAGAGCUGAGGAUUUGGGUAAAGUCUCGGACUAAAUGUCCUCCAGUCCCGGUGAAGAGGGGCGUCUCCCUGAGGCUGCCCCAAACGGCCACACCCCAGACCGGUUUGACAGCCCCGCUCAGACUGAGGCUACAGCGAGCACACCUGAGGAUCAGGUGUCGCCUAUGUUGGACAAGGCCUCUCCUUCUUCCACUACCUCCUAUGAGAUUCUCGACAUGGAGACAGGCCCAGCUCCUUACAGAGAAGUGCAGCCUCACUGGUUCUUUUGUCGACUGGCUAAUGACAACACCUCCUGGCUUCCUUUCAGCAGAGAAGACUCUGACAAACUAGAGAGGGCCUGCAACUCUGCAGAUGAGGGGGAGGUGGUGGUGGCUGUGGACGGAGAGCGGUAUGAUGUGCACGUCAAGGAGAGGAAACGCUACGCUGUGUACUGGGAGCAAGGUCCCACUGAAGUCCGGCGCUGUACCUGGUUCUACAAAGGAGAUAAAGACAUCAUGUUCAUGCCUUACUCUGAGGUCCUCAGCCUCAGCCUGGAGGAGUCUUAUAUGAUAGCAGUGACCUUGGACGAAUGGAAGACGAAACUGGACUUUCCCACUGGAGAGACUGUUAUCUUACACAAUCCCAAACAUAUAAUGCAAUAUCAGCCAAUUGGAAUGCAAGAUGAGUGGAUGACCUCCCCCUCAGAGCAGACCCGACCACGAACAGUCAAGAGGGGGGUAGACAACAUCCCUGUAGAUAUACCUGAAGGUGAAACAGAAAAGGUGGACCACCUUGUUUUUAUGGUGCAUGGCAUUGGUCCUGCGUGUGACUUGCGCUUCAGAUCCAUCAUACAGUGUGUAAGUGACUUCAGGAGUGCCUCCCUGUCCCUCCUGGCCUCCCAUUACAAACGGGCUCAGCAAGAUGGCCAGGUGAACAGAGUUGAGUUCCUCCCAGUCAACUGGCACAGCGCUCUACACGGGGAUGCAACUGGUGUGGAUGAGGACAUCCAGAGGAUCACUCUUCCCAGUAUCAGCAGACUGAGACAUUUCACCAACGACACUUUGCUGGACCUGUUUUUCUAUAACAGCCCCACCUACUGCCAGACCAUAGUGGACACAGUAGCCUCAGAGAUCAACAGGCUACACACACUCUUUAAACAGCGACAUCCAGAAUUCAGCGGGGCAGUUUCAGUAGUGGGCCAUAGUCUGGGUUCACUGAUCCUGUUUGACCUGCUAACCAACCAGAGGACUAGAUCAGGGUCCAGAGAGGGGGUGCCUUCCGGGGAGUCGUGUCAUUUGAACUGUGACACAUUGGAGCAGACUCUGACCAGACUUGGCCUCCAGCAAUACCUGGAUACACUGCAGGCUGAAAACCUUGACCUUGAAUCACUGUCUCUUUGCAAUGACAGUGAUCUCAAAGUGUUAGGAAUUCCUCUUGGACCUCGGAAGAAGAUCCUGAAGUACGCCAAAAGAAAAUGGCUUCCAGAGGGUGGUAGGACAGGGACUGUGCUUCUGCCACCCGGGUUGGAAUGUCCACCCCAAGUGACCAAUGAUCAGGAUGGUAAUCAGCCCACCGGUGUGACGCCGCAGCAGGCCCAGUUUCAUAGGGCGCAGUCUGUCACCAGCGCCGUGGACUAUGAGUACUUUGACGUGGGAAUCGGACAGGUAUCUAUUGAAUACCCACAGCUAGCGUUCCGCCCUCAGACAUUUUUUGCAUUCGGCUCUCCCAUUGGGAUGUUCCUCACCGUGCGUGGCCUGAAACGCAUCGACCCAAACUACACCUUCCCCACCUGCAAGAGCUUUUACAACAUCUACCACCCGUACGACCCCGUGGCCUAUCGGAUAGAGCCUAUGAUUGUUUCAGAGGUGGAUCUGGAGCCCAUGCUAAUCCCUCACCAUAAAGGCCGCAAGAGGAUGCACCUGGAACUGAAAGACAGCUUGACCCGAAUGAGCAUGGAUUUGAAGAACAAUGUCUUGGGAUCAUUACGGACCGCAUGGCAGUCUUUUGCCAGACUCCCUUCUGCCGCAGCACUGCCCCCGGUGGAGGAAGGGGAAACUACAAUAGAGAGAAACCUUUUGGAGACACAAGCCUCAGCGGCAGUUACUGCUUCUUCUGAGAGUGAAGAGAAAAGUGCUGAUUUUUGGACUAUAAUACUGGAGUGGCCCAGGGCCCUUCAUAUGCAUUACUUCCAAGGAGUGUGUGAGGAAGCAGAGUCCUCAGUGUCAGCAGAGCAGGCAGAGCAGGCCGAGAUAAACGUGGGGAGGUUGAAUGGAGGACGAAGGAUUGACUAUGUGCUUCAGGAGAAACCCAUUGAGAGCUUUAACGAAUACCUGUUUGCCAUCCAGUCGCAUCUGUGUUACUGGGAAUCGGAGGACACAGCUCUCCUCCUGCUGAAGGAGAUCUAUGACAAGCAGGGUGUGGCCUUUGAACAGCCUCAACAGUAAUACAAGUUUUUACGAAUGUGAUCUGAUGAGACAAGAGAGAAAAGGAAGGACAAUUGACCGAGCCAGCAGCUGCAUAACCCUCCUCCAGAAUGCCUUACCGCCUGGUUUUGACCUGACUCCACCAACAAUGGAGACUGUUCAGCUGUGCUCAGGAGAUUGUUUCCCAUACAUGUCAGUCCACCUUCAGCUGAGGUAGAGAUGGCCUCUUGGUGUUGAUGAAAGUCUCUCUGCAGGAUUGGGUUUCAAAUCCACCCUCACCACACAACUGAUAGCACUUUUCUUUAUUUUUGAAUUAAAGUAAUUGUUUAUUUUAUGUUACUUUGCACUUUCAUAUUGUAACAAUUAUUGAUAAAUCAUGCUUACAGCUGCAGCUCCAUAAUAUUGAAAAUAUAAUUGCUCAAAAUAUCACACAGUACACGUUCAUUAAAGGGAAAACACACGUCAGACUGGAAUCGUUCUCAGCUAGAAUACAGUAUAUAUAUAUAUAUAUAUGUAUAUAUAUAUAUAUGUGGUAGUUGACAAAAAUAUAUGUAUAAAAAAAAAUCUCUUGAUUAAAAUAGUUAAAAUAGUAAAUCAUAUAAAAUUUGAUAUAAUUGGUAACCUCAUUGUACAGCCUCCAAAACUGAAAUAAAGAAAUGUAAAAAUAUUAUUUUGAUAAUUUUGAUAAAAUAUGAAUUUGAGAUCAUUCAUAUCUACAUCAGUGGAGAGAUGUCACCCUAAUGAAGAACUGUAUCAGAACUGAAUUACAGAAAUGCCAGUGCUUUUAAGGACAAACUGGCUGUCUUUACAUUGUGUAUGUAUGUGUAGUGGGUAAGGUAUUUAAUUGCUGUCUGCUCCGCUGCAGUUGACUCAAAGAGUGUCUUGCUGUAAGGCUGUAAAAAACAGAAUGGGACCUGGCAAACUUCUGCAAAUCCUAAGGGCCAAAUCCCACAUGUCACUCCUCAUCUGUUCCUUUGUAUAAAGGGGUUGUAUAAUCACCACCUCUAACACUAUUGCAUGCACUUUGUUUUGUUAUGACAGAACAGAGGUUCUCAACGUUUACUGGUCCUGACUAAAAUUUUGCUCGCAGUAUUAACAUGAUUUUUAUGGGCCCAGCAAUAAGAGAAUUUUCACAUUGAAAUCUUUUUGAUUUGAUUUGAAAAGCAUCAUAAAUGGAUUUCAAUAGUGUGUUCCAAAGGUGAUAUCACUUUUUUUAUUGAAUAUAUAUAUUUUAAAAUACCAGUAUAUCAGUGUUAGAAAUAUGAGAAAUGAGAAACCCUCUCUUUGUUAUAGUGGUUUGACUUGAACUCCUAUGUUAUGCAUUGUCUGGGCAUCACUGCCCCCACCACCAAAGCUCUGAAGGAUCUGUAUCUCAGCCCACUGGGUGUCGCAUAUGCACAAUUUACAUUUGACCAAAUGGGGUUGUUCAUUUCACUUCUUGCACUGAACACUAAGUUAUAAUGUUGGAGUGAUUUCCUUAGACUUUACCUAUGUCUUUGUUUCUGUAAAGGCUAGUAUCUAAUCAGUAAAACAGGACUUAAUGGAACAUGGUUUCUCUUCCUUAACAUGACUACUGUUUUUGGAUUUGAUACUAAUAUCUUGAUACAUGUGCAAAAAAAGGGUGUGUCCUCCUCUGACACGUUUUGUCCAGCUCUUCUGUUAUUGACAGAAAAGCUCUGUGGAUGGUUACAUGGUUAUGUGUGCCAUAAUAAAACCUCACAAAUG